UGUUAAUCUUUCUUUUGUGUCUUCCUUUUUAGUCCUUCUGGAAAGCUUGUUCAGAUUGAAUAUGCUUUGGCUGCAGUAGCUGCAGGAGCUCCAUCAGUUGGGAUUAAAGCUGCAAAUGGAGUGGUGUUGGCAACUGAGAAGAAGCAGAAAUCCAUUCUGUAUGAUGAAAGGAGUGUCCACAAAGUAGAACCAAUUACCAAACAUAUAGGUUUAGUGUACAGUGGAAUGGGUCCAGAUUACAGAGUACUUGUGCACAGAGCUCGGAAGCUGGCCCAGCAGUAUUACUUGGUUUAUCAUGAGCCCAUUCCAACAGCUCAGCUAGUACAGAGAAUUGCUUCUGUGAUGCAGGAAUACACGCAAUCUGGUGGUGUUCGUCCUUUUGGUGUGUCACUGCUAAUAUGUGGCUGGAAUGAAGGGCGGCCGUAUUUAUUUCAGUCGGAUCCAUCUGGAGCUUACUUUGCAUGGAAAGCAACAGCAAUGGGAAAAAAUUAUGUCAAUGGGAAAACAUUCCUUGAGAAAAGAUACAAUGAAGAUUUGGAGCUCGAAGAUGCCAUUCAUACAGCUAUUUUAACACUAAAGGAGAGCUUUGAGGGGCAAAUGACAGAAGACAACAUUGAAGUUGGCAUCUGUAAUGAAGCUGGUUUUAGGAGGCUCACUCCAACUGAGGUUAAAGACUACUUGGCUGCAAUAGCCUAGUAGAAACCAAGCAAGACUGUGUGGUUCACACAAAGGUCUUUUUAAUUUUGGCUACUUAAAUGUUUUUCUUUGCAGUUUUUGCAUACUUAUUUCUACAUGGUUUGUCUGAGAGAUUUUUUAAACAUCAUGGGUGCAAAUACAACGGUCCUUAAUAUUGUAAUACAUGAAAUCUUGUUAAAGAUAAUUCUUUCCCUUGAUACACAAAAUACUGUACAAAAUGUAAAGUUAUAGUGACAGCUUGAAAAAGGCUAAAGAAUAAAAUCGAAGGCCAAUGUUUUGGGGGAAAGUGUCCGUGUGUCUUUUUAAUCCUAGCUUGUUUAUCUGCAUAAAGCUUAGAUUUCAGUA